ACGCCGCUGGCCCACCACCUGUACUCACCCGGCCUCGUGUAGUCCGUCUCCCCGCCUCACCCUCGCCUCCGGCCGCCGCUCCUCUCAGGUGGGCCCUCCUACCACCCUUCAGCGACGCCAUCUCGCAUCCAGCUUGCGCUGCGCUGCGCCGGGGUUGACGGGGGCGGCGUGUGUGAGGCUCGCCCAGACUGCGCCGGUGAAUCAGAUCGGACGCGCUGGUGUUGACGGCGCCGUCGCGGAUGCCGCAGCGGCAAAGUCAGACGCAGGAUGCGACGGGCCUCCACGCGGGGGUCGAUAAUCAGUUUGUGAUGCUGCGCAACAGUACUCGGGAGAAAAUAUUCGACUAUAUGGGAAGGAAGCCAUCCUCGGCUAUUUAUCAGGGGCGGCUGCCGGAGCUUGCGAGACGGCUCGAGGAAAUCUUGUUUAGAGAAUUCCCAAACAAGAAUGAGUACUACAAUAUGAUGAAGGGGGCGAUUGAGACCCACUUGCGGUUUGCCAUGAAAGUCUUGAGUGUUCAGACCCAGCAACAACAACAGAACCGAUAAUUGUCAAGGCAGAUAACACGCAUCCUCGCUAUGGGACACUGAUUGUGACACCUGGUAUCACGCAUGGCACAAGUACAAAUUCUGGAAUGUCUCAUGUGACUGGCAAAUCGUUGGCCCUCUGUCGUUUGGUGCAGACAUGGUUCCUCUGAACGCCAACAUGGGUACCUUGCUGCCGGGGAAGCUCCCGAUGAGCAUGUGAACACACUGAUGUCUAUGAAGAUGAACCAUACACACCAUGAUCGCCCCAGAGCAUGCAACAACAACCUCGUGAUAGACACAGUGGACACACCUGCAACCAACGGACUCUUGAAACCCUGUGUACCUGUGAAGGAGUCCCGAAAGGAACCAAAGUUCAGCUGCCCAGUCUGCAUGAAUGAGCUGGUCGAUGCGUCAUCGACCAUCUGUGGCCACAUCUUCUGCCAGAACUGCAUUGAGGCCUCCAUCCAGGCUCAGAGCAAGUGCCCGACCUGUCGUAGGACCCUAACCAGGAACGGUUUCCACCGCGUCUAACUCCCGGCGAUGGACUAACCUGGUCCAGCCAUUCUGGGCAGAGCAGAGCCUUGGCACCUGUGCUCCUCUCUCUUCUUGCAACUGUUUAUUUUCUCCACAUUGAUGACGAUCGUAACUCCUCAAGUGCCUCCUGCAACUGCUCCUCCCUCCACACUGCCCCACCCAUGAACAGCAUCCUAUCCCCCUAUAUAAGGGCAUCCAGUGACACGAUGAAGGGGACUUCCAAGAUCUAUCGAAGACCUAGUCUAGCCACUUAGCCAAACUGAUCUAGGCAUCUCGCCGAGAUCAACCAUCUAGAACUCGACGAGUUGCUCUUCAACUCGUCGAGACCCCCAUUGUAAUCAUUCUUUGUACUCUAUCUUCAGAUCAUCCCAUAUAAGCAAGAGUAGGGCCAUUCCUAGGGGCUCGAACCUGGGUAAAACGUGUGUCCCAUGUUUAUCUGACGACUUGUGGUUACUUUCCACUCUCAUACAUAUCUACCUGUGACUCUCCCUUUUUGGACUUCAAGAGAGUUUUCUUGCGUUUCAAAUUUUGGAAAGUUGGAAUGGUUGUGCCUGAAAGGUUUGAUCUACAUAUUUUAUUGGCAAUUUUUGUUUAAUACUAUUUUGAAAAUUUAGCAUUGCGUGGUAGUGGGUAGUUGGCGAGUUAGUGUCGUUAGUAGAAGUUAGUUUAAACAGCUGGAAGUCCAUCCAAAACUUUUUGCAAUCUGUGGUGUAUAACCAAAGCCACACGGCGCGCCAGGCUCCGCCCCCGGUCAAAACUAGUUUUAACACGUGGCAUAGCGUGUAGGGUGAUUCCGAAGGAUUUCUCUUGCAGCAAACUUUGUACCAUUAUUCUUGCCCAGAAGCAACUCUGUGACGAAGAGUGGUUAUAUAGAGCGGGAAGCACGCCGCUGGCCGACCACCAGUAUUGACUCUCCAGGCUCAGGUAGUCCGCCAUUGGUCUGGGACUGUGUAAGGCUCGGCUGGCUGGCUGCGAAGAUUGGGCCCAUGAAUCAGGUCGGUGGUGCUGGCGACGGGAUGCCGCCGCGGCAAAAUCAGAUGCGGGAUGUGGUGGACCGCUCAGCAGGGGUCGAUCCCAAGUUCAUGGUGCUGCGCAUCAAUACUCGACAGAAGAUAUUCGAGUACAUAGAAAGGAAGCAACCAUCGGCUAUCUGGCGGCGGCGGCUGCCGGACCUUGCGAGCCGGCUUGAGGAAAUCUUGUUUAGAGAAUACCCAAACAAGAGGGAGUACUACAAUAUGACAAAGGGGCCGAUUGAGCCCCACUUGCAGUUUGCCAUGAAGCUCUCGAGUGUUCGGAAUCGGCAACGACAACAGAACCGACAAUUGUCAAGGCAGAUAACAUGUUCCCCUUGCUAUGGGAUAAUGAUUGUGACACCUGGUAUCACGCAAGGCGCAAGUGAGAAUUCUAGAAUGUCUUUCGUGGCAGGCAACACUGGCCCUUUGUCGUCGGGUGCAAACAUGGUUCCGCAGAACACCAACAUGGGUACCUUGCUGCCAGGGGAAGCUCCCAAUGAGCAUGUGAACACACUGCUAUCUCUGGGGAUGAACUCUACACACCAUGACUGCUCGGGAGCGUGCAACAACCACCGUGAAAUAGACAUGGUGGAAGCGCCUGAAACCAACAGACUCUUGGCACCCCAUGCAUCCGUGAAGGAGGUCGCAAAGAAACCAAAGUUCAGCUGCCCAGUCUGCUGGAACGAGCUGACCGAUGCGUCAUCGACCAUCUGCGGCCACAUCUUCUGCCAGAAGUGCAUUGAGGCAUCCAUCCAGGCUCAGAAGAAGUGCCCUACCUGCCGUAGGACGCUGACCAUGAAGGAUUUCCACCGUGUCCACCUCCCGACGAUGGACUGAACUGAUCCAGCCAUUACGGGCGCAGCAGAGCCUCAGGCACCCGUGUUCUUCUCCUCGCCUGCAUUGCGGUCAUUCUAUCUACACAGGGUUGCCUCUACCAUUCAGUUUCCUGCCCCAACUGUGUGACUGGCAACAGUUUCGAGGUGUCGUUACCAAUCAGUCUGUAUCCCUAGCGCUAAAUAAAACCGUACUCUCUUUGUUCGGGUUUAUAAUAAGGUCUGUUUCUUUUGUCUUAAGUCAAACCAACUUGAGUUGUAUAUGUUGCUUUUCUCAUAAUUUGUUGCCUUAUAAACCUGAAUGGAGGUACCAGUGUUUUGUGUGGAAGGUUGUGCUUGCUAUCGUGUGAUUCAUGUGCAAAGAAAUAUAUAAUAUUUCGUUUUA